AUGCAUCGAAGGAAAGAUCAUCAAAAAGUGCAAGCUUCUCAGUCACAUGGGAAAAAUGCUAGUACUGCAGAAAAUGCAACAGUUAAACAUGGUGAUGAUCAGAAAGACGUGGAAAGUGAUGAAGAUUUGCGAGCGCAAGUUCGUAAUGACGUUAAUGAGGAGAAUUUGUUGAAUAUGGAAAUUCCUCCGAUGCCUGAGCCUAUAAUGAGUGCCGAUGGAAGUGGACAACGACUUAUGAUAACCAGUAUUGAUGUUGAAAAUUUUAAGUCCUAUUAUGGUAAACAUGUUUUGGGUCCCUUCCAUCAGAAUUUUUCGGCUAUAAUUGGCCCUAACGGCAGCGGAAAAAGCAAUGUGAUUGAUUCUUUGCUAUUUGUGUUUGGUUAUCGUGCAUCUAAAAUUCGUUCCAAGAAAAUAAGCGUUUUAAUUCAUUCCUCAGCUGGUCGUGAAAACAUAUCGAGUUGUACUGUUGGUGUGAAUUUCCAGAAAAUUAUUGAUUUGUCUGAUGGUGGCUAUGAUGUUGUGCCAUCGAGUCAGUUUACCGUCAGCAGAACUGCAUUUCGUGAUAACUCUUCAAAAUAUACUUAUAAUGGUAAAACGAUGCAAUUUAAAGAUAUUGCUGUAUUGCUGCGAGGUGUCGGAAUUGAUCUCAUUCAUAAUCGUUUCCUUAUUUUGCAGGGUGAAGUCGAACAAAUUGCUUUAAUGAAACCGAAAGCUCUAAAUGAAAAUGAUGAUGGCAUGUUGGAAUAUUUGGAAGAUAUCAUUGGUUCGAGUAGACUUAAGCUUCCGAUUGAAACGAUUCAGCGAAAAAUUGAUCAAUUACAAGAAGAGCGUUCUGCGCAGUUGAAUCGCACGAAAUUUGCGGAGAAAGAAAAAAAUGAUGCUGAAGGCCCGAUGAAAAGCCUUAUUACAGAUCUUCGCAUUGACAACGGUAUUGCAUUGGCGAAGAAUCGUUUACUGCAGGCUGACCGAUGCAAGGCUAAAUCGGAGCUGGAAGCAAAUGAGCGGGAAAAAGAAGGGUUUGAGAAAGACCUGGAAGACACAAAAAAACGACAAGAAGAAGUCUUAGCCUUACAAAAGAGCAGAAAAGAUGAACAGAAACAACUGCAGAGUUCCUUUGAGAAAGCUCAGGAAGAAUAUGAAAAAACGAAACAUCAGCUUAGUGAAUUGGAACAAGCAGAACAAAAGCGCAAAGCUGAGUUACUUCGCCUUACUAACAGGAAGAAGAAAUUGAUUGGUGAUAUAGCUAACGAAGAAAAAAAGAUAUCUGAAUUGAAAGAGGUACCCGCUAAGGCAAAGCGCAAACUUGAGGAAUACCACGAAAUAUUAAGUGGAAUUGAUGAUGUGAUUGCUCAAAAGCAACUUGAAGUUGAUAGCCAUCUGAAAGAACUGCAGCAGCAGACAGCAAAGUUUCAAGGUCCAAAAAAGAUAUUAGAAGAACAGCUUGGGGAACUUACUGCUAAGGAGGAUGAGGCAAGCAGCAAGUUAACGUUGGCACAAGAAGCACUUCAGUUAAUGCGUAGAGAAGAGGAAAUGGAGAAGAAAAAACUUUCUGAAAUUCAGACAUCUCUGAAUGAUGUUAAAACUCUUUUGGAAUCCAAAACGAAUGACCUUAGUAACGUAAGAAAAGCAAUUCCAAAUGUCGACAAAGAGCUUUGUAAUGCUAAGGUAGAAAUGACAAACAAGCGAAGAGAAGAAGCAGAGUGCACUGAAAAUGUUCGGCAAUUUAUGGCAAAGUUCGAACAAAAGCGGCAAACGGUAGAAGCUUUCCAAAGCCAGAACAAUCUGUUGAGAUGUUUGAUGGCUGAAAAAUCAUCUGGAAACAUACCUGGAAUAUAUGGUCGUCUCGGUGAUCUCGGUGCAAUUGAUGAAAAGUAUGAUGUCGCUAUUUCGACAACAUGUGGACCGUUGGAUUACAUCGUAGUUGAUAACGUUGAUACUGCUCAAACAUGUGUGGAUUUUUUAAGACGCCAGAAUUUGGGCAUUGCUUCUUUUUUGGUACUUGAUAAACAGGAGAAACUCCGGCCAUAUAUGGCAAAGCUAGCUUCCACACCUGAAAAUGCACCACGAUUGUUCGAUUUAAUUCGUGUAGCAGAUCCUGCUGUGUUACCUGCAUUUUAUUUUGCAUUACGUGAUACUUUGGUAGCAAAUGAUAUUACUACUGCAACACGUAUUGGUAUGGGUGGUUCUAGACGUUACCGGGUGGUUACGCUGAAAGGUGAAGUGGUUGAAACAACUGGUUCGAUGACAGGUGGUGGAAGAUCUGAACGAAGAGGUAGAAUUGGCCAAAAGGUCAAAAUUGAUACUUCGAAGGAAUCAUCCGAGGAGAUUUCUGAGCUAAAGAACCAAUUAACUGAAGAGCAGAAUCGAUUAAUCAAUUUGCGAAGUGCUAUCCAUCAGCUCGAUUCUCGCAUAAUGUCACUUCAAGCUGAUUUCGAUAGACUCAAGAAAAAUGAACAAAAUUUAUCAAGUGACAUUGAACCUCUUGAAAGAAAAGCAGUUGAUCUUGAACGCAGACUGAAAGAACAAACGGCAAGAGUUGAAAGCAUUACUGUAGAUGAUAGAGACAUACAACGUAAAAAAGCUGAAGUAGCGGAACUUACGAAAGCCCGUGAUAAAGCACUACAGGAGGCAGAUGAAGCACGGGAAAAAGUGGCCGAAAUAAACACUAAAAUCCAGGAGGUUUAUGAUCGAGUUGUUGGUCCUUACCAAAAGGAACUUGACGAAGUUAGAGCGAAGAAAGAAAAUGCAUCAAAAGGAGCAACAAAAGAGCAAAGUGUGCUUAAUAAUGCUCAACGGAAUAUGAAUAAAGCACUGAACAGGAAAAAUGAUCUUGAAACCGAUCAGCGUGAAACUGACGAAGCAAUUAAAAAACUUGAAUUAACUGAAGAUACUCAAGAAGCAGAUAUUAAUCGAUUAACUAAAGAGAAAAUUCAAAACGAGAAAGUGAUGAAAGAAGCUGAAGUUAGAGUGAAAGAGGCAUUCAAUAAAAAUUCUGAAUUGGAUGCUGAAGAAGUUGAGCUUAAGAAGCGAUGCGCUAAUUUGACACGUUCUAUUCUCGAGCAAAUGAAACUUUUGGAACAUAAACAGGGAAAACUAACCAUGAUUGAGGGCAAAAUCAAAGCAUUGCAUUUGUCUUAUGUGAAAUGUUUGGAUCGCUUGCCAGAAUCACUUCAAUCAAGCGAAGAAGAGGAUGAUGAUUAUGGAUUGCAGGAAGCUUUGAGAGUUGAACAUGAAUUCUUUAAAAAAUUAAAGAAUGGUGAAAUUACUGUUGAAGCUGAUAAAGAUGGUAUUAUACGCUACAAGAAUGUGCCAGAAUAUUCUGAAGAGGAAAUCAAGAAUUUCAAUGUACAGGAUAUGAAAUUUGCUUUGACAAAUUUGGAAAAGAAGAAGGUCGACAAAGUGCUGAAUACAAAUGGUUUGCUAGAGUAUGUUACGAAGCUGGAACGUUACGAUCGUGAAGUAGAAGCUUUAUCUGAUAUAUCAACGAAACGUGAUAAGCAUCGUCAAUUUUAUGAACAGCUAAAGAAACAACGAAUGAAUGAAUUUAUGGAUGGUUUUACACGAAUUGGCUUAGCAUUAAAGGAAAUGUAUCAGAUGAUAACAUUAGGUGGUGAUGCUAGUUUGGACUUAGUUGACUCACUUGAUCCGUUCAGUGAAGGUGUUGCUUUCGGUGUAAGACCACCAAAAAAAUCAUGGAAGCAAAUUACUAAUUUGUCAGGUGGUGAAAAAACACUGUCAUCAUUGGCUCUAGUUUUUGCAUUGCAUCAUUAUCGACCAACACCAUUAUAUGUCAUGGAUGAGAUUGAUGCUGCUUUGGAUUUUAGAAAUGUAUCGAUUAUUGGACAUUAUAUUAAGGAUCGCACCAAAAAUGCUCAAUUUAUCAUCAUUUCUUUACGAAAUAACAUGUUUGAGUUAGCAGAUCGUCUUAUUGGUAUUUACAAAACAUUUGAUUGUACGAAAUCUGUUGCUAUCGAUCCAGGAAAUAUCCGGAAUAUAAUUAAACCACUUCAUAUUUUGGAAGAAAUGAAAAAACAUAAAGAGAAGGGGGAUGAAAAUCAUGCCGUCGAUGGGAAAUAUGAGUUUCCGCAAAAAACGGUUGGUAAUACUAAUGCUUCAGAAACAAUGAGUACAAAGGGAUCGAAAGUGCUUUCAGUGACCAGUGAGGAUUUGUCCGUGAACCGAGCACCAUCUUAUCGAGGGAGUGAUUACAGUGCGAUGGCAGAGAAAAGGAAACAUACGAACAAAUCCGAAAAGAAUAUUCGAAUUUUAAAGAGCAGUCAGUCAUCUGUCUCACAAGAAACCACAUCAACAAUUUCAGUAUCUCCGCCAACGAAAAAAAAAUCUCCACAAAAGUCUGAAAUUCCUACGUGGGAUGUACCACAGACGAUCACCGUACGCCGUUCGCGAGCUGGUAGCCAGUUUCUGGAUGAAAAAUCGGAUGAUAGUGUAGCUACGAAGGAAGCAGGAGGUAAUAGUUCCAGGAUGAAAAAUGUUAUUUCGAAGGAUGCUUCUCAAUCUCUGAAUCAAAAGAUUGUUGCAAAUACUGUAUCGGAUACUGAUCGAUUAGAACAAUUUGCACGAAUGUUAUGA